ACUACAAGUAAUGGUAAAGUUCGUUACGUUGCAAAAGUAUAUAUUCAAACGCUAAUGUUUUACCUACGUUAGACAAAAUAUUUUCAGUUUAAAAAAAGCGUGCUGCAGUGGAGAACUUGAGUUAUUAUAACUUUUUAUUAAGUACUUUUGAUGGAAACUCUAGGAGGAAAUAAGAGGUUUCGAAAAAUGGCUUUUUGUAAGCAAGAAGAAACAUUAAGACAUGUUGAGCGCAGCUCUUCAAUUAUGGUAAACUUUAAGAAAACAAUAGAGCAACACAGAUCAAGAUCGAAUUCAAUUGUUGAACCUCCUCCGCCUUUAUUUACUCCAGUUAAACGAAUUAGCUUAGAGACGAUGAUGAGUACAAAAAAGCUCACAAAGUAUUUUCCUUUCUCGCAAAAUAAACAUCAUUCAUUUAUCGGCGAGAGAUUUUUAAAGUUUAUUUUGGAUGGUGACUGUGGAAAGUUAGAACAAAUGCUUAAAAAACUGGAUGCUGAUUUCAAUAUAUCGGAGCUAAAUUCUCUCGUUCAUGAAGCAUGUUACAAGGGUUGUUUAAAAUGUUUUCAAAUACUUAUAAAAAAUGGUGUUUCGCACGACUGUGUAACAGGAGAUGAAAAUUGGACGCCAUUACACGCGGCAAUAAUGGGGGAAAAUGAAGAACUUUUUCGCUUUUUAAUUCCACUUUAUAAAAACGUUGAUUUAGUAAAUUCAAAUGGCAUUACUCCUCUCCACGUGGCUGUUUAUAUAAAUAACUUACUUUUUGUUCACCUUUUAUUGCAAGCUUCGGCUAACAUGUUUAUAGAAACACAAAUUAUGACACCUUUUCAACUUGCAAUUGAUUUAAAACAUAGUACCAUCCUAGAUUAUUUUAUUUUGUACUCCGCAAAUCAUUCAACUAUUGACUUGACAUGGGAAAGAAAAGUAAUGUAAUUCAAAUAUCUAUUUGAUAUUAUAUUUUACACCAUGUUUCAUAUAACAUAAGUUUUAUAACUUUAUUUGUUGCUUGCGAUUUAUUGUUGAGUAUAUACUUUUAUUGUAAAAUGGCUAUAUAUUUUUAAAUAAAUAUAUAUAUUUUUAAAAUAAAGCUCAUUUAUAUCUAGAUUAGAU